GUUUAAAUUCCUUGACCAAACCCCCUUAACAACGAAAUCUGUUACUGCCUCGACGACAGUUUCCACCUUGAAUGAAUCACGGUGUACUGUGGACUGACUUGACAAAGCCUCUGGUAACGCAAACAUAAAGAUCACACAAAAGACGACAAAAAAAUUCUAGAAGAUAUGUCCGAGAAGGACCCUAAAUCAUCUCAGGACCUGACUGUUGUGGUACAGACCUUACUGCAGCAGAUGCAGGACAAGUUCCAGACCAUGUCAGACCAGAUUAUUGGAAGAAUUGAUGAGAUGAGCACACGAAUCGAUGACCUGGAAAAGAACAUCUCCGACCUCAUGACUCAGGCAGGUGUGGAGGAUCUUGACGAAGAGUUCAAAGUCACUGAGAACUCCGGUACAGCUUAAACCCAAUGGUCAACACUAUGACUGCCAAGGAACACAUUGAUGACCUUCUACCACAGUGUCAAGAUUUUAAUUUCUUUUCGUAGGAAAUUAAAUUAAAUAACAAGGUGCUUGCAUAUGUGGUCUAUCCAAAUAGACUAUUAUGCAUAUUGUAGGUUUAACAAGUCCAUUUACGGUCAUAAGAUCAAAUAUCUGUUCAGACUGAGAUAUCCCAUUGUUCUUUUGUAUUACUGCAUGUUUUGCUUAUUAUUAAAGCUCUUUUACAAAUG